AUGAAACAAACCUCUGACGUGCGGAAGCCCUACGGUGGUCCCUCGCGUUCACUUGUAAUCGCACUCGAUGUUGGGACAACUUUCAGUGGCGUAUCAUACGCAAUCUUAGAACCCGGCGAAGUCCCCAAGAUUUAUGGGGUGACGCGCUUUCCGGGGCAAGAACAUGUCGCAGGCAACUCCAAAAUACCAUCCAUCUUGUAUUACGACCAGAAUGGUACAGUCAUGGCCGCAGGAGCCGAGGCGGAAGGCGCGUCCAUUAUCUCACAGGCAGAAGAUGAAUACUGGAUAAAGGCUGAACUUUUCAAGCUUCGUUUGCGACCGAAAGCUAUGAAAUUGAACAUGAACGGGAUGCGCCUCAGCUCACUACCCCGGAACAAGAUGGCUGUCGAUGUGUUUGGAGAUUUUCUAAAUUACUUAUUCCGUUGCACACGGAACUUCAUAAUUGACACUCACGCCAACGGCGAAGCACUUUGGCGUGCUGUAGAGCACGGUAUAGAGUUCGUGCUGAGUCAUCCAAAUGGGUGGGAAGGCGGGCAACAGACGAAGAUGCGACGAGCUGCGGUAUAUGGGGGAUUGGUUCCUGACACUGACGAAGGUCGCGCACGGAUCCGUUUCGUAACGGAGGGUGAAGCCAGUCUUCAUGCUUGUAUUCAAAGUGGUCUUGCCGCAGAUAAUCCCUCGAGACACGGCUUCCUUGUUGCUGAUGCCGGUGGUGGUACCUUGGACAUUAGUUCUUACGCGGUAAGGGGCACGCAACCCCUUGUGAUUGAAGAAAUAGCGCCGCCAGACUGUAUUUUUGCUGGAUCGGUGUUCGUCAGCCGAAGGGCGAGAGAGUUUCUGGCAGAGAAGUUGAAGAACUCGAAAUAUGGGACUGCGGACGCCAUCGAUCACAUCACAAAACGUUUUGAUGAAACAACGAAACGACUUUUCCGUGAUAAGAAUGAGAUCCAAUGGGUCCCCUUCGGUUCGCCCCUCGACAAAGAUCUGUCUGUCGGGAUACGAGGUGGCUCUUUAAAGCUGACCGGUGCGGAGGUGGCGGAGUUGUUCGAACCGUCGGUUCAAGCAGCCGUGGCGUCAAUCAAAAGCCAGGUGGAAGCAUCUCAGGAUAUGGUCAAGGCAAGUGGUUCUGUAUGGCUGGUGGGAGGAUUCGCUGCCAGUCCCUGGCUAUUCAGUCAACUUCAAGAGCGCUUGGCGUCCCUAAAGAUCCGUGUCAGUCGUCCAGAUAGCCAAACAUCCAAAGCUGUCGCCGAUGGAGCCCUCGGCUUUUACUGCGACCAUCAUGUCUCGGCCAGGGUCUCCAAAUUUAUGUAUGGAGUGGAGUACCUGCGGGAAUAUGAUCCUAAUGAUUCCGACCACGUUGCGCGCAAGGAUCGCCUUUGUGAAUUACCUUCGGGUCCCCGCCUUCUCCCAGAUGCUUUCGAUUGUAUUCUUGCGCGGGGUGUCAAAGUCAAAGAGUCCACUGUAUUCACGCGCAAGUACUGCACAGAACUGACAAACCUAUCUACCCUAUCCGUAUUCGAAGUCGAAAUAUGGUGCUACCGUGGUGGUGACAUCGUUCCGCUUUGGAUACACAGGCAUGCCGAGGACUUUUCGACACUGUGUGUUGUUCGCGCGGAUUUGUCACCCCUAAGUGGCAGCGCCGAGCCCAAGCAGGGCAAGAACGGCAAGACAUAUUGGACUAUCGUAUUCAGUAUUGAGAUCCACUUCGGCCUUACUGAAUUCAGGGCCCGCAUCAAGUGGAAUGAUAAUGUUCGUCUUUCUGUGUCAUUUCCGUUGUACAUCUGA